CUGAAGCACAAACGAUUGUUGAAGUACGAGAAGGAAUAUUUAGAAAUGAAGGAACGAGAGCGUGAGAAUGAAGAUCCUCUUGUGAAACUGCAGAAGGAAAAUGCUCGGUAUUGUGAGACGAUUCUUCGACUUGAACGCGAAAAUGAUGACCUCGCACAUGAGCUUGUUACUAGCAAGAUUGAAUUGCGACGAAAACUCGACACUGUUGAGGAUCAGCUUGAAACAUCAGCAAACACUAUCGAACGUGUGACAAGACAGAAUGAGGAUCUCGCAGAGGAAAAUCGCAAUCUGCAACGAGAGUACAAUCAAAUAAAAGAGAUGUAUCGUAGAGAGGUGUCGCGAUUGGAAGAAGAUGCGAAUCGAGCGAGUAAAUUACUGGCUGAGUAUAAACAAUUGUUCUCACAGAUGAGUCGGAGAUGCGACGCUGAGCGCGAGCAAUUCCAAACUCAGAAACGUGCCAUAAUUGUGAGUUUUGCUUUUGUGUAUCAUUGCUUCACUAUUUGGCAUACUUUUGAGUGA